ACCCCGCGCUUGCGUGCCGUGGGCUCCGAAAGGUUGUUCUGGAGACACCCCGAGGCCAGACCCCACGACAUGCAAGGACACCAUGUUUGCACGAGGAUUGAAGAGGAAGUGUGCCGACCACGAGGAAGACAUGGGGGGAGCCCUGGCGGGCUUCAAGGCUGUCCCCUCCUACAGCCUGCAGCGGCAGUCGCUCCUGGACAUGUCCCUGGUGAAGCUCCAGCUCUGCCACAUGCUGGUGGAGCCCAACCUCUGCCGCUCAGUCCUCAUAGCCAACACGGUCCGGCAGAUUCAGGAGGAGAUGAGCCAGGACGGGACGUGGCGAGUGGCAGUGCCCCAGAGCACAGGGCGGGCUCCCCUCGACCGCCUGGUCUCCACGGAGAUCCUGUGCCGCUCAACACGGGAGCAGGACGGGGUGUGCCCUGCCCCUGGCAUGGGAGACGACCACGUGCUGGGCCCUGUUUCUGAACUUUCCACAGUCACCUCGGCACAGAUGCCAAGGAACCCACAGAACAGCGUCUGGGAAAUGGACAACCCUCGAGAAAACAGAGGAAACUUCCAGAAGUCACUAGAUCAGAUCUUUGAAACGCUGGAGACCAGGAAUCCCAGCUCCACGGAAGAGCUGUUCUCAGACAUGGACAGUUCCUACUAUGACCUAGACACGGUGUUCACAGGCGUGGUGAGCAGGGCCGAGCCGGGCCCCUGUGACGGGCUCCAGGGCUUGGCCCCGGUGGCCACCUCUCCCCCCGGCCCCAGCUGCAAGUCGGACCUGGGCGAGCUGGACCACGUGGUGGAGAUCCUGGUGGAGACCUGAGGCUGGGCCACAGGUGCCCCGGGUGCUCGCUGGUCUUUGCCACCUGAACAUACCGAGCACUCGACCCCGAGAAGAGUGUUCUCUGCAGCUGGUGGGUCAGCGGGGCCGCCGCCCCAGCUGGUCACAGCCAAAAAGGGCCACAUGGGCUUCCUGGCCCGGGCCAGCCUUGACAUGUCCACAGCCUGGCCCCUCGUCCCUUCUGUGUUCCAGCUGCAGCCACCUCAGAGGACGGCGAGCCGCAAGCUGCAUCAACCUCGUUUAAAUUUAGAUAGGUGAAUUUUAAAAAUUAAGUUUUAUAUGUUUUGGGCAGUAUUUUGCCUUAAGAGAUAUUUUUUAAACUUUUUAUACUUUACCUCUUUAGAUUUUUUCAGCUAUUUUCUUAAAAGUAUAUUUUUUCUAUAAACAUCCUCUGCUGCUACAUUAGAAACUUUUAUAGCAAAACAAUUGCAGUUGGUAUAUUUCAUUUUUUUUAAGGUUUAAAUAAGGGAUUUUUUUUUUGCAAUGAGCUUCACUACACUCUGAGUCACCAGUGUAAAUGUAUCAUGUUUUUACUUUAAAUUUAUGUGACCCUCUUCAUUAUGUUGUGCUACAAUUAGAGCUCGAUUAAAAUCGAGUACCAUGUACAACCACUACACAUUUUUUGUCAUUAGAAGAUCUACCGUAUGAGCCAUGUGUUUCUAGACUUUAGCGUAAAUUAUGGAGGGUUUUAUUUAUGCCUAUUUAUAUGUAAACAUCAUUGAAAGUGAAGGUCAGUGAUUGGAAAUCGUGGGCACUAGGUGCUUUCCUGAGACUGCCCCUGCUGGUGGUGCCCUGGCGGGUGGUGUUCACGGAGGGCCCCCGUCAGGUCCCCCAGCACGGGCACCUGCCAGGUGAGGACUGCUGCUCGCGGGGUGUGCACAGAGGCUGCCGCGUGCCAGGCACACAGGCGUUUAGAAAGCGUGUGUGUCCGUGUGCUGUUGGACCGGAGAGGCCUUUACGUUUAGAAUGAAAGGAAUCUGAAUCCGUGUAAUUUAUGGCCGUUGGUUUUAAGGGUCUUUGACAGUGCUGCCAUAGGAAGUGGGGGGGCUUGCACCUGUCAGACCCUUGUCCCGGGUCAGGCUGCUUCCCCACCCCCACCCACGUUUCCUGUUUGCCAUGCUUAUUCUAAUUUCCUUACCCCUUAGCCAAAAAGGUUUGUUUUCUUCUGUGCAUACGACCGUCCUUUAAUAUUGGUGAUGUAAGCCUCACUUUAUUAAAAAUUAUCCAACAAGCAGAA